CACUUAACUUUUCUUUGAACUGUUGCCGUACCUGUGAACUCAUAAAUCGCCGGAGGGUCGCAGCAGUAUAUAGACUUCUGGCUUUCUGUGUUCGAUUAGAUGAGCCGCUGAUUGAGAACGCCAUGGACAGUCAGCCGAAUACUCCGGUCAUGAUGGAAGAGCAUUUGGACGACCUUACGGUUAAAUUACUCAAGCAGUGGGAAUGGAAGAACGGAGACGGCGCGUUCGUAAGUGGACAGCGGACCGUACAUUGUGCCUCGUCACCGGAAUCAUCACUUGAUUCGAUGUGCUCUUCUCCGGAGAUGCCUGGGAGUGCCGGUGGAGACCAACAUUUCGCCAAUUUCCCCUACACGCUGUUGGGACACAGUCCAGUUCAGCGCACGCCACAGAAAACAUCAAAAUCCAAGAUGUCGACAAAAAGGCGCGUCAAGGCAAGUGAGAGGGAGAAGAUGCGAAUGAGAAGUUUGGCAGAGGCUUUGCAUCACCUCCGUGACUAUCUGCCACCUGAUUAUAGCCGUAGAGGUCAGCCGCUAACUAAAAUCCAGACACUGAAGUACACGAUUGAGUACAUAAAGGAACUUUCAGAUAUUCUCAACCAUUCGUAAUCUCUUUGGAGGUCAUCUGCUUUACCAUGGAAACACCCAGAAGCAACUGUAUGUUAUUUAAUAGAACUUUGGGAUAUCAUAAAUCAUGCGUCAUGUCGUGCGCUCUGGUGACCUCUGGCAAUGCUUGGAAUGAUUUGACGUUGUAAUGACGUCCAGUUGUCAAAUUAUCUUUAUGCAAUGGAUUUGUCGUAUUUUCUUUAUUGUUGUUGUGGUAAAGGAUGGGAUGAUAAUUCAAUGUUGUAUAAAUUUGUUUUGCUGAAUAUCAUCCCUCACCUGAUGUAAAUAAUAAUGUUUUAAUGUUAUUUGGCACUUGAAGAUGUGUCAGUCUUCCGUAGACUAUUUUGUGAUUGAUUUAGUGGA